UUCCAGCUCAUUGGCUCCAACUCUGCUGCAGCCACUGCAGCGGCCCUGUCCGCCGGUGGUAUGGCCAUGCAGACGGCAGAUUCGAUAUUGUUAGGACGGCUGCUGCAUGAGAAGGAGACAAUGUUGCAACAACAACUACAAGAUUUGACACGUCUGCGUUUCCAAAACUCUGAAAUGGAAGUCAAAAUGAAGGCCCUUCAAAGAGAACUGGAGAACAAAAACACCCGCCUUAACGCUCUUGAGUCCUCCCAGGCUGCUGAUAUGGUGACCGGCCUGGGCGAAUGGCAGACCCCUAUGUCGCGCAUCCAGGUUGCACAGGCCGAAUUGACCACCCUCAGGCAAUCUAAUGCCGAGCUUCGCGAGAAACUCACGCAGACUCAGUCCACCCUACAGGAAAGGGAGAAUGAAUUGCAGCGACUGCAGAUAUCGCAGACAUCAGCGGCCAACCUGGAGAUAGAACGGCUUAAGCUCGAGCUUACCAAAGUCAAGGAGGAGCGUGAAACAUUGGAGCGAAACCUGCGAAUGGAGGUUACCCAACUUACGGACGACAUGAACCGUUCGAAUAAUGCAGCCUUGAAUGCAGAAGCGGAACUACAAGGUCAAAAGGACAAAAUUCGCCUCCUUGAGUUUGAACAGGUCAAAGCAACAACAGAAGCUGCAGCCUUACAGAAAAAGUAUCAGACUGUUCUUGGACAACUCACUGAACGAACAGACAAGCUGCAAUUACUUGAGAAAGAAUGUCAACAGAACCACACACAGGAAAUUCAGCGCCUGAAGACCGAAAAUGAUGACCUGAACCACCGCGUUACUUACUUGCACAGGAACAACCAAGAAAGAGAGACCAAGCUUGAACAACAAGAGACGGAACUUGGCAAGCUACGGGAUGAACUGUCAAAUGUCAAAAAGCAAGCGCAUUGUCUUGAAGCAGAAUUGAAGAGCCUUCGAGAAGAAAUUGCUUACAAGGAUGAACGUUCUAGGCAGCUCCAAGUGCAGCAUGCCGACGAACUCGCUCGAAUGCGAUCAGUCCAUCAGGAGCAGAGUAGCAGAUUGAGUCAUCUUCAACUGGCCCUCGAUGAGAAGGACCAUGAGCUUAAGACGCUUAACAGUGACUUGCAAGGACAGGCUGAUGAACUUGUUCGUGUGCAAUCCAAUCUUGAAGAUGCCAAGGCAAAAAGCAACAUCUUACAAAAGAGGGUAGAAGAACGGGAACAGAGGCUGCGGAAAAUUGAAGGCGAAAACCAUGGAUUACUUGAUGAAAUUCACGGCCUCAGGAAAAGCAACCAUGAGUUGGAGAGCCACAUUGAUGUCCUUCGGCAGCGUCUCCUCGAUCGAGAUGAAAGAGCGUCUUCAAAUGUGCCCAUUCCUGUCGGAUUCUCCCAGAGCGGUCCUGGUAUGUCAUCUGCUAUGGAGAAACCGUCUGCACAGCUGACGGCCGAAGUGGAUCGUCUAAGAAAGCAGAACACUGAGUUAGAGACGACGAACAGCAAGACAAAACAGGCUCUUCAGGACCUACAAAUUAAGCUGGAUCAACUGGAUUUCGAACGAUCCAACUUAAACAGGUCUUAUGAGGAAGAACGUGAAAAGCGUACUCGACUGGAGAAAGAACUGCAAGGGCGGGAUGCAAAAAUGCAAAAGACGGUUUCGAUGGAAUCAACCGUCCAGACAAACGCACAAAUUGACCAAUUAACUCUCACUGUUAGUCAGCUGAAGCGCGACGUCGAACGCCGAAAUAGCCAAAUACAACAGCUUAACCAGCAGAUUGCUCAGGCGGAAAAACUUUCUAGGAUGAGCACAGCUACCGGGUCUGAAAGAGAUGCCCUUCUCAAUGAACUGAAAAUCAGUCUCGAGCGUACGCAGAAGGCCCUUGACGAGGCGAAUGAACAGAAUCAUCUUCUUCAAGCCCGGACGGAGACGACCAUGUUGGAGACGCAACAACAAUUCCUGGUACAACAGGUAACUGUGACUAGUACUUUACUGAAUUAA